GACAUGUCGGCCCUUUGCGAGAAUGAGUUAAACAGGAAGAGAUUUGAAUGUGAUCCCCUGGCAGAUAGUGCAGUGGCAGAGGUGGCGAGAAAUCGCGGUGAAAAAGCAUUGAGAAAUCAUGACUUAUAUAGUGCUGUCAAAGAACUGGGAACAAUUACUAAGGAUUCUUAUUGCGCGAAAUUUAUAGAAUUCUAUGAACAAGAACCUUCUUGGAACGUCGAAUGGCAAAUGUGUGAAUUAGGAAGACGGGUUUUUGUUCGAAACAGUGUCUUCGCCGGCCUUGUUCUCAUGUACGGUAGUCUUGUUUCCUCAUUCACCGCAGCCUUUGGAAAUAAGGUGUUAUCAGCUAUGGGACGCAUUUCCCCAUACGGAGAUGUUCGCCGAAGACUGUUUGAAACUCUUUUCUUUGUGAGGGCUGUUGUUCUUGGUUCACUGAGUGAAAUUAAAGGGGCUUGCAUGAGAGUGCGUCUGCUCCAUGCUGCUGUACGCCACCACCUCCUUCAUCGUGACAGUGGGUGGGAAAUUGAAAAAUAUGGAUGUCCAAUCAACCAAGAGGAUUUAGCUGGUACACUGUCCACUUUUUCAUCUGUUGUAAUUCAUGGUCUAGAAACUCUUGGUAUUUUUUUGUCAAAAGCUGAAAAAGAUGGUUACCAAACUUUGUGGAGAUAUGUUGGUUUUUAUCUGGGAAUGACAAGUGAUAUGUUAUGCAACAACUAUGAAGAAGAGUGGGAACUGUGCAACAUGAUAAGAGUGCGACAGUGCAAACCAGACCCUGACUCGUUGAUGUUGACUGAGACACUAUUACAGGAAUUUGCAAGUAAACCUCCCUUUCAUCUCAGUUACAAUGCCUCAAGCAGUUUAUCAAGACUCUUUAUUGGAGAUGAUCUUGCAGAUGAGCUUGGCCUUUCAAGAUUUAACAUGCCCAGUCAAAUUAUUAUGGCUUUGUUAUACUGGAUGCUCAGAACUAUGUGUUUAAUUCAGAGGGGAAUUCCUUUUCUUGAGAAUGUACUGUAUAAAUUUGGAAAGUACUCCCUGAAUACAAUAGUUCACUUCUCCUUAGGUGGCAGGAAACCUUCUUUUAUGAUGAAGGUGUAUUCUUAAGCAGGGAUCAUGUGCUUUACAUAUGAUCAUCUGAGCUAGAAGUUUGGUUCGUGAAAACAGAUCUUUUUUCUUAGUUAGUAGUUCUCUUAGCUUGACCCUUAGAUGUAAUGAUUGCCUCAAGCAGUGUAUUUUGGUUCCUAUAGCAUGCUAAAAGCUAAGAGUCAUGUGAACCGAAGGAAAUACUGCCAAUUAUUUUAUUCAGAUCCAAUUCAGUUCAAAGUAAAUGCCAAUGUAAGAAAUUAAAGUGAUUAAAGAAAUUUAAAGUAGUUUAAGAAAUUACUAUGAAAUUAGUCCCUUAAACUUUUUAUUGCUUAUUCAAAGAUAACAUUCUUUUUCUUAAAAGACUAUCAAGUGUUACAUUUCAAGGCAGCAAUUUAUUAUUUUUUUACACUGAGUGACAUCAUAUUAUCUGAAGUGCACAAAGAGGAAACCAAAAAUUUCAAGCCAGUCUGAGUUUGACUCCUUUGCUGUGCUUUGUAUUAAGGAAAAUGGUCUCACCUCCUGUCAGCUGGGAUGUUGAAAAACAGUGUCACUGUCUGUUUGGAAUGUUUGUUUCCAAUUUGUUCAUUGUGGGAGGGUCAAUAACUAUACAUACAGUGCUGUACAUACAGUGUAGAUUCAUCCAUCAUUGUUGCCAUCAAGAGACAGUUGAAUCA